CAAGUGCCAUUCCUGGCGGAUGUCCUGCGGGGGCUGGAAAAUCUGGAGUUGCGUCGCGAGGAAAAUUCAGUCAUCAACGCGUCUUCAUCGAAUCGGCAGUGAAAAUGUGCCAGCGGCGGUUCUUCAGCAGCAAGUACACCAGUUUCCACAAGAAUCACAUCAAGUUAUUUGCCGUUUACAUGAAAACGGCGAAUUUGAUGCAAAACUUCAACGUGCGAAAGCGCUCGCUGUAAGCGCCGCUGCCUCUGCCG